AUGUCUCAAAGACCAGAUAAUAAGAAGUUUACCCGUCCGGAAGGUAUUAACACUAUCCAGAUUGAUGCCGCUAGACAGAUGCAUAUGAGGACUGUACAGGCUAGGAUACCUGGAGGUGGGACUACUACACAAUCGUCGACCUCACAAUAUAAAAUACCACAAAAUGCGUUGAAUGGUGGCGAACCCAGGACAAUAACAACAGGUAGAAUGUUUUCAGCCCCUUCAAGAUCACCACCCGCCAGACACAUAUGCAAUAAUCCAAACAACCCUCCAUGUGCUAACUGUGGUGGUGUGAUUAUACCUUCACCAAAGGCUUUUCUACCAUUAGAGGAUCGUCCCUCAAUAUCAAUCAAUAAUUGGACUAUUUCAUCAAAGAAAAGACCUAUCCUGAACGCUGAAGAACUAAAUAAUUGGGAAACUAAGGAAUUGAGAGGAUUAGGUGCUUUGCCUGAGAUGAUAUUCGGUAAUAAUUUCAUUCGAAUUAUGAAUACUGAACAUAAAUGGGGGAUAGAAUUCAAUACCUUAGAUGCUUUGAAGAUGGUAUCGUUAUCAGAUUCAGGGAUUCGUGUUGCUCAUUCCAAAGUAUGGUUAGAUUCAAAAUUACAACAACAGCAACAGGAUAUUAUGGGCGACUCCUCGUCUAUUGAUAUGGAGAAUUCAUUAAAGAUUGUUAAAAAUUAUGAUUGGACAUAUAGUACAGAGUAUGAAGGUACAGUCGUUGGAGAUAAUAAAGAUACAUAUAGUUUUAAGGUAGAUAAUAAUUUGAAGUUACCAAUUGAUAAAUUGUCAAAACAAGAUAAGAUACUUUAUUUUGAUGAGAUGGUUCUCUUUGAGGAUGAGUUAGCAGAUUGUGGUGUUUCAAUGCUUAAUGUGAAAAUUAGGGUAAUGAAUGAAAGAUUGUUGUUAUUAUGUAGAUUUUUCUUAAGAGUAGAUGAUGUGUUAUUAAGAGUCUACGACACUAGGGUAUACGUAGAAUUUGAUGACAAUGUUGUGAUGAGAGAGAUUAAAAAAUAUGAGGGCAAUUAUAACGAUAUUCUUGCUAAGCAUCAUAUUUCACAUUCGCAUGAUCCAAAGGCUGCUUUAAGAGAUAGUAAUUGGGUAGCAGAAAAUACACCAAUUGUCGAUAAAAGAUGCGAAAUAAUGACAUUUAAUGAUUUAAAACAAUAA